AUGAAGACAGCCGAAGUGACCGAGAAGGGCCCAUCACGGAGCUCUUCUGAUGAUGUAUCCACCAGGAAGAUAUACACUAUGAGGGACCACUGGAAAUGCCUGUGUGCGUGCACACUGGUAUCCAUGUGUCCGUUUCAGUAUGGGCUGGACUUUGGUCUCAUUGCUGGUCUUCAAGCUAUGGUCGGCUUCCUCAAGGCAAGACCUCACCCAGUCGCUACUGGCUGGAACAUAUCUACCGAGAGACAGCAACUCAUUUCCUCACUCAUGACGCUGGGAGCAUUCCUCAGCUCUUCUUUAGCAGGCCCCAUUGCCACGGUCAUGGGUCGAAAGGGAAGCAUCUGGAGUGCUGUUGUUCUUUGUGUUAUUGCAAAUGUCAUCAUGAUGACGACUACCAACAUCGGUGCCAUUUACGUCGGCCGUCUUGUCAUUGGCUUGGCGAACGGGCUGUUCAUGACCUUCUCCCAGCUUUACAUCCAGGAGUCUGUGCCAGCCCGUUACAGAGGUUUAAUGAUUUCUUCCUUCCAAGUCUGGACAUCUGUGGGAACACUGGUCGGUACGAUUGUCGACAACUUCACCUCGAAAAUCACGACCCGCGAGUCCUACCUCAUCCCUCUAGGCCUGGUUUUUAUCGUCCCAACCAUCAUGUCGAUCGGUCUGUUCUUCAUACCAGAGUCGCCAAGGUGGCUAUUAGAGCAUGGCAAUAAGGAGAAGGCCCUGAAGUCACUCCUCUGGCACCGGCCUUACGGCCAGAUAGGGGCUGAAGAGGAGCUCAAGGAUAUCCAGGAAGCACUCGAUAACGACCUAAAGACGAAGGAGAAUGUCAGUGUCAAAAACAUGUUCAACAACCCUGUCGAUCGAAGACGGACUGUCCUGUCUGUUCUGGCGAUUACCCUGCAAGGCGCUUCCGGCGCCAUGUACAUGAUUGCGUAUGGUACAUACUUCUUCGAGAUGGCGGAUAUUGGCAAUAGCUUCGAAAACUCGUGUAUCCUCACUGCGGUGGGCGUCAUCGCCAUUUUGAUCAACAGCGCAGUCAUUACGCACAUCGGCCGCCGUCGCAUUUUCCUCAUUAUAGGAAUGUUCAUCUGCGGACUUACACAGCUCCUGUCCGCUGUGGUGUACACUGUUCAGCCUGGUACAGUGUCAACAGGGAGAGCAAUAGUCGGUCUUUCAGUCGUGUAUAUCAUCGGUUAUAAUGGAAUGGUGGCUACAUAUGCCUGGAUUUCAGGUGGUGAAUUACCGUCGCAACGACUUCGAUCGUACACUUUCGGCCUCGCUACAUCGAUUGCCUUCUUUGCAGCAUGGCUGGCAACAUUCACGGCACCGUACUUCAUCAAUCCCCAGUCGCUCAACUGGGGCCCAAAGUAUGGAUACAUCUGGGUUGGACCGUGUUGGAUUGGCGCGUAA